CUCUCACACUCUUUCUUCCUUUUCGUUUCAACAACGCUCCCCCUUGUCGCCCCCAAUCCUCAUAGCCGCAUCCACCCAGUGCCUUCGGAAGCCAGAAAAAAAGAAGCCUUUGCUACUUUCAUCCGACACAGCCUACCCCACCCCUCCAUCAUAUACAACAAGAGGUAAAGACAUCUUGGUCCUUGGACUGAUCAACAGCGAUUUACUGCCCAGUCAACGCUUGGGGAGCAAGGACCUCAGCACAGCCAUCAACAGCGAGAUGGAUAAGAUUCGUUCACGCAGCUCUACAACAGAUCGCCACUUGUCUCGCUCUGUAGACAUUUGGCCUUGGAGGCGUCGACUUUCUACCUAACACCCACUGGCUUGUCUUACUGUUGAAGGGUCAACUCCACCACAAUCUCGGCUAGGGAAUUGAUCCGCUUUAUUCAACCACGCAUGCAAUCGCAAUCUGGAAGGCUAAUCAAGGCAACCAUCACAUGCCCCUGCUCUCUGUAGAUAUAAUGGCAACCCUUCACAGCAGUAACACACAGAGACGCCACGGCGGCAAAGAUGAACCAGAGGAUCUCCGUCAACUCCGUAAAGAACAUGGAGGCUCCUUGGCCACACUCAAGGAGCUUUUUGCAGAUUGGACAGAGGAAGAUCUUUUGUACGCCAUUCAGGAUGCUAACGGAGAUGUCGAACUUGCGAUUCUCAGGAUCAGCGAAGGUCAUGCCUCCCAGUGGGGUGAAGUCAAGGGCAAGAAAAAGACUCCCAAACCAAAGAUUGCAUCCGAGAAGCAGGAAUUCCGCACUUCCAACAGCCAGCGUGGUGGUUUUGCAGGACGUGGUCGUGGUGAUGGUUUCCGUGGUGGACGUGGCGGUGCGACAAGGGGCGCUCCUCGCGCAUUGAACGGUGGCGACAGGAGCGGACGUCCCUUCAAGGCCGACACUACCGCAGCUUCUGACAACGCUUGGAACAGCACUGCCGACUCAAAGACAAAUAGCUUCGAGACUACAACCGCAGUCGAUUCUGUGGAUGCUGCGCCUUCAUGGGGAGCUGAACCCUCAACAAUUAAUGACUCAUCCGAUACGACCGAAGCCUGGUCAACCCCCGCUGUCACUACCACUACAACUACUAAUGAUUCAUGGGGAGCCACUCCUGACGCUGCUGUCUCAACCGACUCACGGGGAGCUGCUUCCGCUGCUUCCACCGCCGAUUCAUGGGCAGCUCCUGUCACUGCUAUAUCUUCGACUGACUCAUGGGGAGCCGCACUUCCCGCUACCUCCACACCUGCUGCAUCUGCUCGCAAGUUGAACACCGCAACCAUCCCAGCCGGAAGCAAAAUGUCUUGGGCAAAGAUUGUCAAGCCGGAGCCUGCCCCUAAGCCCACUCUCGCUCCUACACCCGCUGUUGCACCCGCCCCUGCAGCCGCUGUUAAUAUACCCGCUCCUAAGCCCACUGUUUCUGAGCCUGUCAAGGUUGAAGAGCCAACUGUCGAAGAAGUUCCCGAGGUUGCUCCCGCUGCCGCUGAAGAGAAGGCACCCGAGGAGCCAGUACCUGAGCCCGCUGUCGAAGAGAAGAUCGAAGAGAAUAUCGAGGAGAAGGUCGAAGAGAAGGUCAAAGAGAAGGUUGAGGAGAAGGUUGAAGAGAAGGCUGAGGAGGAGAAGACUGAGGAGGAAAAGGCUGAGGAACCCAUUGCUGCACUCGAGCCUGCUCCAACUGCUACGCUUGAACCCGCGCCUGCCACUCCUGUUGGACCCCCUGGACUGAAGCCCAAGGUCGCUUCUCAACCUCGUCGUUUGAACCAGGAUGCCCCCGUUGUCAUGCCCAGCGGAUCGUCGGCUUUGCAGAGUGUUGGCGUUAAAUUUGGCAGCUUCUCUUUGAACGACGACGCGGAGAUUUCUGAACCUGAGAUCCAGCCCGAGCAGCCUUCCCAACCUACCCAGCCUGAGCAGCCUGCUCAACAGCCCGCUGCCGCCACUCAAUCCGCCACACAGCCUCAGCAGCCUAGCUAUGCUCGCCAGCCCACAGGAGCAACUGGAUACCAGGGCGCCACUCCUUCUGCUAGCGGCCUCUCACCUGCAGCUACCAACGCCUCUUAUUUGAAGCAGGAUCCUGCGGCCAACUACAUCGGUCACCAUCACCCUGGCAUGGGCCUCGAUGCCAUGGGAUCUCCUUACGGCUCAUAUAUGCCCAACCCUGCCACCCAGCUCGGAUCCUUUGGCAUGGGUCCCAUGGCAUCGCUCCCCAACGACUACGCUGCUCUUUAUGGCAAUGAGCUUCAAAGGGCUGCUAUGUACUAUGACCCUACCAGCUAUGGCCAGAUCCCAGUGACAGCCGGCAACAACUACCAGUCCCGUGACACCAAGUACAGCCAGGAUUCGUCCUCGACUGUCAGUACCUCUGGCGCCUCCAACACUGGCUCGACCCAAGCUCAGCAGACCCUUCAGCAGCAGCAACAGCAGCAGCAGGCUUACCCUGGCAUGGCUGGAGGUAUGCCCUACUAUCCUUACUACUACAUGGCGCCCAACCAGUUCCCCAACGCCUAUCAGCAAUCUGGAUAUGGUCAGCCAUUUGUCAACAAAAAUAUGUACCCUAUGUACCAGCACCAACAGCAGCAGCAGCAACAACACUCCAGCAAACCUGGUACUGCCAGCGGCUCUCCUUAUGGUAAUUAUAGCUCGACUGCUGGUCAGGGACACCACCAGUACUCUCAGGGUGGUUAUGAGGACAUGUCUGGAGCCGGCAUUCACGGUAUGGGUGGAUUGAACAACGACCCCUAUGUCAAGUACGGCAAUCCUGGCAUGCAGAACUUCUUGGGCAACCAACAACAGCCUGCCGCACCCACACCGAAUGCCAGUAAUGGCAAGGGCAGCUCUGGAUCGAAUUACUCUGGCACAGACUUGAAUGCUGCUGCAGGAUCACAGCCAUCAGGCUCGUCCCAGAUGGCCGGUGCUGCAUCGCUGCAGGGCCAGCAGCCUGGCAACGGCGCUCAGACACAACAGGGAUAUUACCAACAGCAGAUGUUUUCGAACUACCAGUAUCCUAGCCAUCACCAGGGCUACCACCCCAACCAGCACCAGGGACAGCACCAAGGAUCUGGACGCAAUCAGCAGCAGUUUUGGGGAUCCCAAAACUAAAUGAAAAAAUAAAACCAGUCGUUGACCCAGGAGAAUUCGAUUUACGAGUCUCAAUGCUUUCUCGCGUGUUCAGUAAA